AUGUCUGACAAAGUCGCCAGCCCCGUGGCGGUAGUGUCCACCGAUUUAGACGAUUAUAGCGGCAUCCCCGGUACUAUUCAGCUUGUUGAUGCGAAAAAUGAGUUGGUACUUCUUGAGAGCGGCGAUGUCAUCUUGACUCCGCAGCCUACUAGUGACCCGGAAGACCCCUUGAAUUGGCCAAAGUGGAGAAAGUGGAAGGCCAUUUUGUCUAGUCAUUUAUACACAAUUGCAAUUGCGUGGUCAUCUGCAGCAGUAUACUCGAUUCUGGUCCCAAUUUCUACCAGCACAGGUCUAUCAGUAGCUGACCUCAAUGGCGGCUCGGGGACGAUGCUCUUGUUCUUCGGAUGGGGAGCACUAAUAUGGCAACCGAUUGCAGUCACAUUCGGUCGUCGUGGAGUAUUCCUUCUCUCAUUGCUGGGGACAGUGGCAAUUUCAAUUUGGAGCGCUCACGCCCCCAGUUACGCCUCAUGGGUUUCAACCAGAGUUUUGUUGGGCCUCUUUGGUGCUCCAAUUGAGGUAGUGCCAGAGCUCGUUGCGACUGAUCUGUACUUUACUCAUGAGCGUGGAUUCCAUAUUGGAAUCUAUAUGUUUUGUCUCGCAGGAGGAAACUAUCUUGCGGCAGUGUUCUGUGGAAUAAUCAACGAUCACAUGGGCUGGCAAUGGGUUAUGUAUUGGUGUGGUAUAAUUAAUGCGGUGGUCUUCGUGGUAUUGUUUUUCUUCUACGAGGAAACAGAUUAUUAUCGAAAUACCAGCUUUGAAGCAUCCGGUCAAAAUUUGGCUGCUGCGAGCGAUCAAGCUGCUGGCGACACUGAGGCUGCAGUUUCACACCCGCCCCGGAAGACUUACCUCCAAAAGCUUAGCCUUUUCAGCUACAUACGUGAGAGACCUAAUCAAUUCUGGGUCUACACCUAUAGACCCCUGGUUAUGUUCUGGACGUUCCCUAUUGUUUUAUGGGCCAGCUUCUACCACGGAAUUGCAGUCCUGUGCUUCAAUGCUUUGAACGCAACAGCAUCUGUAAUUCUUUCCGCAGAGCCAUAUAACUUUUCAAGCACCGAUGUCGGUUUGGCUUAUAUUUCUCCUUUUAUUGGUGCUAUUGUGGGAGCCGUUUGGUCGGGUAAAAUCAGUGACUAUAUUUGUCUUAAGAUAGCCCGCAACAACAAAGACGGACUCAGGGAAGCCGAGUAUCGUUUAUGGGCAGCAGUGACCCUUUGUAUCAUCCCACCUGUGGGUUUGAUUGUCUGGGGAGUUGGAGCAGCCCAGCAUGUGCACUGGUUUGGCAUUGUCUUUGGAAUGGGAAUGAUGGGUUUUGCUCUGACAACCGGUGGUGGCAUAAUGAUCGGGUAUAUCAUUGACAGCUACAGGGAGUUGGCAGGAAGUACGAUGUCUUCUUUGAACAUCAUGCGCUGCACAAUGGCCUUCGGGUUUGGAUACGCGGUGACUCCGUGGUGGAACGCCACCGGUACCCAAAAUACUUUCAUCACUUGGGCUAUCCUGGUUCUGGUGUUCUUUGCUUCAUGGAUCCCCAUGUAUAUAUGGGGUAAGCAACUUCGGAUCCGAAGCAAGGAGAAGUAUUGGGUGCAGGUAAAAUCCGGGGUUGGUCUUCACUAA